GAAGAACCACGAUUUAAGAUAUUAUAUUAUACUUAAUAAAUCGUGUGAAGAACCGAGAACGCCGCUCGAAUCUCGGCGUACGGUAUGCUAACUCGAACGAAGAACGAAACGUAGGUAAAUCGAAUCAGGAAAAGUUAUUUUGUAAAACUACCUAUCGUCUGACGUAUGUCUGAGCAGUGUAUUAAAAUACUUCGGCGCAAUGUCGGACGAUUCGUCGUCUGAAGAUGAGAUCACAAAGCGGAUACUCAAAGAUUCGAUCGACACUGAUCUACUAACCAACGACCUAUACAGCAAUAGCCCCAACAAGAAUUCGUCAGACAAAAUUAAAAGUAUCAAUGCUGUACAAGUUAAGCCAUCUCUUAGGUAUAUUAUUGAAGACGAUGGACAUAAUCAUAAUUUUAUCAAGGUGACUCCAGAAUUUCAAGAAUUUGUUGCUAAAAGCUUAUUCAAACAUUUAGAAAGCCAAAUAAUUGAAAAAAAAAAAAAACAUAAAAAACUCAAAAUAGACAAUACUGAUGAAUCAAAAGGAAUUCAUUUAUUCAAUGGAUCACCUAAAUUACUCUUUUCUCCAUUAGACGAAUCCACAACUGGAAUAAAGAGAAAACGUCAUCUUAAAAAUACCAGUGAUGAAGUCAUAUUACAGCGUGCUUCUGAAACAGCUGUGUCAUCUGAAUGGAUAUUAAACAGAGAUGCUGUUCAAGGUUGGGCAAAAGUUACCAAAGGAAAAAUUAUGAAAGUUAAAAGUAACCGUGAAGGUACAUUUGAUAUAAUCAAUGAUGAAGUAUAGAGGUGCAUAUCAUAGCUCCUUGAAAAAUAUAUGAUAGAAAUAUGAAGACUUUUG